AUGGAGGACUCAGGUGAUGUGGUGAUCGAUGCAGAAUACGAAUUCUCAGCGCCCAAAUUCUUUGAUUUCAUUCUAGGAGAAACUGAAGAUCAGAUGCGUGAAGCGCAGCUUUGGUUUGAUACAGCUCUUACGUAUGCUCCUUCACCUUUUAUGCACAAGGUCAAGACCACAAGAGCUGUUCAGUUGGAGAGCCUUUGUGAUUUUACUGAACCUGGAAUUUCUCAGAAGGUAAUACACCAUAAUAUGUCUGAAUCGACCCAUUCCCGACCAUCUGAGUCAACAGGAACAUCAAGUACCAUGAAGAACAUCACCUUGGAACCAGAGAAACAAAGUGCAAAAACUGAGGAUGAUCCUGCUGACAGUAAGAAAGAUGUAACCUCAAAAGACGCAAAAGAUGAGCACCAUGAAAGUCUUUCCAGUCAGGUAUGUUUAGUAGACAAACAAAAUUCUUUCAGUGGUGGAGUUUCUUCUUCAAAUGUGAUCGUUGAACAAAAUCAAACCACAAAAAACACAUACCCUUCUCAAGGAGUAGAAUCAUGCACCCCAAAACCAGCAGUGGCUUCUCAAAAGAACAAGAGUAUCUCAGAAGCCGAGUCCAAGAAGCAACAGACAGCUAGAAGGAUUGCUAGUGCAGUGAAAAAUCCAUCAGCAUUCAAGUCUAGAAAUCAAUCACAACUAUCACAAGUCAAAUCUAAAACACCAGCUACUGUUAAAAGGGAUACAAGUCAAGCAAAUAAGGUUGGAACUCCCAAUCUAGCUCUAGAAAACCAAGCCAUAAAGCGGCAGAAACUUGAAGGAGGAAAAACAAGACAGAUUCUGAAUAUCAAAACACAAAUCUUGCUCCACAAAGCAAGACCAGGUGCUGUCAAUGGCAGCAACUCUAACUUAGCCACCCCAUCAACUGCUAGAUCUCGAAAGGAGGAAAGAAAGAUGUAUGUUCGUGAGCCAGCAUCAGCUCCAUUUGUUUCAAUGGCGGAAAUGAUGAGGAAGUUUCAAUCUGGCACAAGGGAUAUGAAUCUGCCUCCCCGUAGUACUUCAAUCUCACAUGGAGAUGCUAGCCAAGUGAUGCAAAGAAAGCCUAAACUGACACUGACCAGGCCAAAAGAACCUGAUUUCAUAACAUCUCAGCGCGUUCGCUCUGUUAAAAUCAAGAGUUCAGCAGAGCUCGAGGAAGAGAUGAUGGCCAAAAUUCCCAAGUUUAAGGCUCGUCCAAUCAACAGAAAGAUUCUUGAGGCUCCAACAUUACCAGCAAUGAAGAGAAGCACACCUCAGAUUCCAGAAUUCCAGGAAUUUCACUUGGAAACAAUGGAAAGAGCCCAUCAGAAUGCAGAAACCUCAACCGUCGCAUCAACAGAAGCAGCCCCUCAGCAGCAAUGGAAGCCUCAUCUUACGACGCCUAAGACUCCUCCUCUACAGACAUUAUUGAGAGCACGACCUCCUAAGAUCAAAAGCACCGAAGAACUAGAAAAAGAAGAGCUAGAGAAAGCCCCCAAGUUCAAGGCCAGACCUUUGAACAAGAAGAUAUUUGAAAGUAAAGGGGAGUUGGGUCUCUUUUGUAACAAAAAACGACAAGUCACCAUACCACAAGAAUUUCAUUUUGCAAUUGAUGAACGGAUUCCGCUUCCAACUGCAAAUGUUGCUGACUUGUUUGAUAAGCUUUCAUUGUGCUCAGAUUCCUACAAUCAGAAACCGAUUCCUAGAAACACUGCACCCAAUCCUUUCCAUCUGCACACCGAGGAAAGAGGGGCGGAGAAAGAAAAGAGAUUUGUGAUGGAAAUGGUACACAAACAAAUAGAAGACGGACGAGCUAGAGUUCCUAAAGCCACCCCAUAUCCUUAUACCACCGAUUACCCUGUGGUUCCUCCAAAACCUGAGCCAAAACAGUGCACCAAACCAGAACCUUUUCAGUUAGAGAGUUUGGCAAGACAUGAAGAAGAAAUACAAAGAGAGAUGGAAGAAAGAAGGAGGUUGGAAAUGGAAGAAGCUAGAAUGAGACUGUUUAAGGCUCAACCAAUAUUGAAAGAGGACCCCAUUCCAGUUCCUGAGAAAGUUCGCAAACCUCUAACUGAGGUUCAGGAAUUCGAUCUACAUGUAGUACACCGAGCUGUGGAUAGAGCAGAGUUUGACAAAAAAGUCAAGGAGAAAGAGAUGAUGUACAAAAGAUACAGGGAUGAGGCGGAGUCUGCUAAGAUGAUGGAGGAAGAGAAAGCUUUAAAGCAACUCAGAAGGACUCUGGUGCCUCAUGCAAGGCCGGUGCCAAAUUUCAACAAGCCUUUCUUGCCCAGAAAGUCAUCAAAAGGUGUCACGAAACCAAAAUCACCAAAAUUGAAGAUUAUCGAACGAACAGAAAGAAGAAAGAUGGUGGUGGCUGCAGCAACUUCAAGUGCAGCAUCAAAUAUGAGGUGAUGAUGUAUGCAAGUUCUUGAUAUCUCUGUUCAAGAACUCUUGAAUAUGGUAGAUAUAUAUUAUAUACAUAACCUGCAAACAGUCCCUUUAUAAGUUGUUGUCCAUUUGUUGUUUCAUUCUAUUCAAUUCGAAUUCGAACAAAUUAUGAUUGUUGGUUAA